GAAAUAGUAAGUUGUAGUUCAGGCCAUGAUGUGCACUUCGAGACAUGGUCUCUGUGGACUGGUUCUGAUCUGCCUCUGUUUCUGUGGAUGUUUUGGGACGUUUAUGGUGACACAGACACCGUCCACAGUGAAGGUGAAGGAAGGAGAGUCUGUUCAUAUUACCUGCUGCUGGAAUAACAACAUCACCUGGCCAAAAGUGAAAUGGUUUAAAGACAAACGUGCCAUUCAUGUCAACUCCACUGGCAAAAUCCAUCUUACAGAGACCAGAACUCCCAACUGUUCAGUACUAACCAUAACAAACACUUAUAAAAAUGAUACCGGGAUUUAUAUCUGUGAAGUUAUACAAGACAUUCCUCAGCUGUGUCACGUAAAGGGGACUGGGACAAAUCUAACAUACCAGGAAGACAAAGGAUGUUUUGGGACGUUUAUGGUGACCCAGACACCGUCCACAGUGAAGGUGAAGGAAGGAGAGUCUGUUCAUAUUAACUGCUGCUGGAAUGAGAACAUCACCUGGCCAAAAGUGAAAUGGUUUAAAGACAAACGUGCCAUUCAUGUCAACUCCACUGGCAAAAUCCAUCUCACAGAGACCAGAACUCCCAACUGUUCAGUACUAACCAUAACAAACACUUAUAAAAAUGGUACCGGGAUUUAUAUCUGUGAAGUUAUACAAGACAUUCCUCAGCUGUGUCACGUAAACGGGACUGGGACAAAUCUAACAUACCAGGAAGACAAUGUCAAUGUGACUAUUAUGCCAGUCUCUACUACAGAGGCCACGACUACUGUCCUGGACAGCAACACCAUGUUGCUGGGGUCUGUGUCCAGCGUCAUGGGGCUCAUAUGCAUCUGUGCCUGUCUCACCGCUUGGAAGCUCAGCAGGAAAGGCCAGAGGGCAGAGAGAAUCGUCAUAAGGGAGGGUCCUCCGAGCGAGGAGGAGGAGCCAAAUAUCAGUGAAGAGGAGCAGAGUUCAAGAGGCUCCACCCACUGGUGCAUGGUUCCUGUGUAUGAAUCCUACUUUGAUCUGCAAAGGAACGAUGACCAGGAGUCAGCUGUGGAAAAUACAGGAUCAGACACCUCCGAAAAGACAGGAUCAGCCUGAAGUGAGAGUUGGGCUCAAAAUACUAUCAGCAGCUAAUUGGCUAUGAACCUCAGCAGUUAGCUUAAUGUUUGUCUAGGCUUCUAGACUGCUAUAGCUAUUCAGAAGGUUUGUGUGAUGGGUCGUACAUUUUCCUGUGGGUGGCAGACAGUCUUCAGCUGAAAGGUUUUACGUCAGACCUUCUAAAUGUCAAGGUUUUUUUCCCCAAAGCUUAUCAAUAGUUCACGUCUCUGUAUGUCAUGCAAAGAAAUGCAUCUCCUUUAAUAUGACACUGCUGACUAAUGAACCAAUGGAGUGUAUGUGUGUGUGUGUGUGUGUGUGUGUGUGUGUGUGUGUGUUUGUGUGUGUGUGUGUGUGUGUGUGUGUGUGUUAGAGAGAGAGAGAGAGUGAGAAUGAGAGAUGGAUCCUUGGGAUCAGUGUUCAUUUCAGUAAUAACAUAACACAAUCGAAUGUCAGAUAUCUUAUCAAUAAAAAUGGUUC